GUUUUGUUUGUCACAAGUCGCUUGGUUCUGGUUCUUCGAUAUUCAAUUACUCAUUAUUUACUUGGGUGGCUGUUUGAAGUCUGUAAAUUGUAAGUUUUCGUGGAUAUAGACCUAGGUUCGAAGCCCUGUUGCAGGGUUUUAUUACGUAUUUGCACGAGCGCAUAGACAAUUUCGUUUCUGGGAAUUCAUCAGGUGUUCGAUGUUGUGUUUGUUUAAGUACGUGAGUGGUACAUUAUAUAACGCAGAAUUGAAGAUUACAGAGUUCUCUGCAUCGUGAUGGAGGAUGGCUUGGAGAGAAAUUUCUUUGGUAAUUUGUGGGAACAGGCCCUGAGAAGUUUGUUGCUUCCAUGGAGAAAGUCUUUGAUUUUGCAAAGGAUGGGACUGACCUAAUUGUUCGAACAUUUAUUUAUUUGUUCUUUAGUUUGGGGGAAAAGGUGAGCGUUGGUGGUAACAACGGUUAGGUUGCUCCUUUGUGCCUGGAAGGUCACUGGCUCAAGUUGCAGAAACAUCAUAUUUGCAAAAAAGUUAGGGAAAGGCUGUGUAUAAAUAUGGCACUCUCCCAAACCACUCUCCCAACCCUAACAAAGUGGGAAGCGUUGUGCUCUUUGGAGAACACCAUUUUUCUCUUUGGUUUGAGGAAUAUAGUUUCUUAUAACAGGACAAUAUCUUGUUUUUUAGCCUUCAGUAGAGCUUAAAUUCUUUUCCAUAAUACUGUAAUUUACCCUAUGGUUAGUUUAGGAGCUAAAUAAUUUGUGAUUCAGAAAAAAUGGCAUUGUUUGCAAAUCAGUAUUUUCUUCCUGUUGAGGAGGAAUGGGGAGUGGGUGUGAGAUGGUGCCAGGAGGAGCAACUACUGGAACCUGUUUAUGCCUCAAUACUAUUCUUCUUGUGUAUUUCUACUUCUAGAAUUUAUAUAUCAGGAGUCCCUAAAUCCCUUUCCUAUUCUUGAAAGAGUAGUUCUCUACUUUGUACGACUUGAACCAACCAAAGAAAUAGAAUAAUUGGGAAAAGAACUGAAAAAUGGAACAUAGUUAUGCCUCCAGGGUUAAAUCAAUUUUUUUGUCAGUUACUUUUUAGGGAUAAUAUUAUUUAGUAAGAAAAACCUAGUGGGUAUAUGCAGUAAAAUGGAUGGGGCUAUCAUUUACUUUUUAAGAUAUUGGCGCUUGUUACUAGUUCUGUUAGGUUGAGAACUUUUUUUCAGAAUUUUGCUAAUCUUGAGGGAGAUGGUAUGCACACUACACUUACAUGCCAGAGAUUGAGUAAAUGGAAGGAAAAAAUACCACAGGGAAGACAAGGCUUUCUUAGGGAUGUAAUAAAAAGAAAUUACAAAAUUAGAAAUGGCUGGAAUGUGUCAAUUUGUCUAAUAUACAUAUCAGUUGCCUAGCUAUGUUAUUCGAAGAAGGGUCAAUGUGACUUCUGAAAUCCUGCUAGGUAAAUUCCCAACUGAAUUCAACUUAGUUGUUUUCCUCAAAGUACCUGAAAUUAAGAUCUUCUAAUCCUGUGUAUACAUACAUAUACAUAUAUAUGUCUACUUCUGUUAGUGUAUAUCAAUACAUCUUCCUAAACCAUGCAGCUUUAUAUGAUAACUGUAAUAGUGCAUUUAGGAGAGGGGAAUGAAAUGGAAAUGGAUGAAAAGAGUUCCAUCCAUUCUCCUCCAAACCCCUAUUUCUUGUCUCCCCCAAAUGGGGGAAUAAUGGAUUGAAAAUCUAACUCUGUGUGUUGAUAAUAUUAACCUUAAUAAUUUUUUCAAAGUUCAAAUUUUCCCUUGACUUAAUCACACUCUAUCUUCCAUUAAAAUGAUAUUAAUGGUCAUUUGUUAUUUAGUAUCCUUUCGUUCCAUCCAUUUUGUUGCUCUCCCAUGCAAGGAGAAGCAUUUUAUGUUCCUUUCCAUCCACUACUCUGUCACAGUUGCGCUGUGACCGCUGUCAACUUCCGUUCCGGUGUGAAUUAGAAUCCGCUAGAAAAUUGUAAGAGAAGAGAAAGGUUUAGAGAAGAAGAAGAAAGAGAGAAGGAAUAUUUGGGAGGUAGAGAGAAUGCAGAGAGUAGGAAUCUGGAAUUGGUUAAUUGAUACUCGAUACCAACUUACAGGAGCCGUUUGGGCUUAUAUAGCUGUCCUAGGGUGCUUUCACAGCAGAUUGCAGCCCUCAUAACCAACUAUUUUGUCUUAUCCCAAACACCUUUACAGCUGGACAUUCUCUCUAACUAACUAACAGUUGGAACAAAAGAGAAUUACUAUGGAAUAAUAAAGAAACAUAGCAGGUAAGUAAAUCCGCAAUAAAAUUUGGCCUUGGUUCUGUGACAAUGCCCUUCCCUUAAGCGAUUUCUUUUCCUUAAGAAAUGUUUAGGAGCAGUGAACUAAAACGCGGCCUAGGCGGCCGCUGGUCGCCGUGAUUAUGGCCAAAUCGGCCACCUUAGGCGCCGGCCUGGCUAAUCGGUAUUGGGCGACGCCUAAGUGGCCAAGGCGGACGCCUAGCCUCAUGAACCGCCUAGCCAAGGCAGACGCCAAGGCGGCCAAAUCGGCCGCCUGGGCCGCGUGAAGCAUUUAGUAUAAAUUUUUAGGGUUUUGUUUCCCCUUACUCGUUACCCCUUUCUCUCGUCGAUUUCCCCUUCUCUCUCGCGCGCACCGCCACUAACAGUCUAUUGCUGAAUCGCCAUCGCCGUCGCCUCUCUCGUGCUUGCACGCUGCCACCGUCUCCUGUAGUUGCAAAGUCGCCGUCGGCCCGUCGCCACCAUCUCGUGCUUGCACACCGCCACGCCACACUCUAGUUGUCUCUUGCUCUUGCAGCUUCACCUUCUUCACUCGCCGUCGCCACCGUCUCGUGCUCGCUACUCGCACACCGCCACACUCUGGUUGUCUCUUGUUGCUUUUGCAGCUUCAGCCUUCAUCUUCUUCACUCACCCUCCGGGCCUCCACCUCUUUCGGUAAGUAGUAGCCAGCAGUAAGCAGCAGCUGUUGCUUCUCCCUCUUUUGUUUUCUUUUUAUUUUUUUGUUAUUUAAUUUAGUAUUUAUAUUAAUAUUUGAUUAUUUGUUAUUCAAAUAUUUAUUAAUUAUUAUUAUUAAUGUUUUUAAAAAAUUAAUAUUUGCAACUUGCAAGCAAGCAACAAAUGUAGCAAGCUGCCUUUGUUGCUACUUGCUGUUGCUUCUUGGGGCUGUUGUUAGUUCUUGGCUUUGUUUGUUAGCUAGUUAGCCUAAUUGUCUAUUUUAAUUCAAUCAUUCAAUGUCAAUUUACUUAGGAAAAAAAAGAAGAAAAAAGAAAAUCAUGUCGGAUGGAAUUGGGAGUACGGAAGCAUCGUCCGAUGCCGCCUCAGUUCUUAAAAGGAAAUCAAAUGAUGUCGGAUAGGAGUAUGGAAUGUUAAUUAAUCCGAAGAAUAUGGAUAAAGUUAAAUGCAAGUUGUGUGGUAAAGUUAUGUCUGGAGGAGUUUACAAAGUCAAAGAACACAUCGGCCACAUUUCCGGAAAUGUUUCUGCAUGUCCAAAAUCUUCUCUGGAUGAUAAAGCUAAAUGCAAGAAUGCUAUUGCCGAGGCAAAGAGUAAGAAGAAGAAUAAGAAGCAUGAGGAAGAUAUGAUGAGAUCUUUGGUUAAUAUUUCUGACAAGGGGAAAAGAGUGGAUGAUGAAGAUGAAUUGGAAGAGUUAGGGAGCAAAAAAGCGCCUCGUACUCUUGGCCCUAUAGAUAAGUUUGCAAGCUCCAUUAGUCUUGAAAUUUGUUUGAGUUCGAGAAUAACGCAAAGGCAGCAAAAUAUUAGUGAAGCAUUGUUUAAAGAGAGAACACAGAUUGUACAAGGAUAUUGUGCUAGAUGGGUGUACGAAGCUGGUAUACCUUUCAAUGCUAUUGAUCAUGAUAGCUUCAAAUUGUUUGUUGAGGCGGUUGGUCAAUUUGGGCCGAGGUUCAAACCUCCUAGUCAAUACCAGUUGAGGGAACCGUUAUUAAAGGAAGAGGUUGACAGAAUGAAAGACUUACUGAAGAAGCAUGAAGAAGAGUGGGCACAAAAUGGAUGCUCUAUUAUGACAGACGCUUGGACAGACAGAAAAAGAAGGAGCAUCAUGAACCUAUGUGUUAAUUCUAGCAUGGGUACUGCUUUUCUUUCUUCAAAAGAAGCAUCAGACGAAGCACAUAUAAGUGAACUCAUAUUUGAGUAUGUGGACAUGUGUAUUGAGCAAGUUGGGCCACAAAAUGUCGUCCAAGUAGUAACCGACAAUGUUGUCAACAAUAUGGGAGCGACAAAAUUAUUGAAGCUGAAGAGGCCAAAUAUCUUUUGGACAUCAUGUGUUACUCACACCAUCAAUUUGAUGCUUGAAAGUAUUGGGAAAAUGCCAAGAUAUAAGAAAGUCAUUGAUCAGGCAAAGAGUUUGACAAUAUUCUUUUAUGCACACCAUAAGACCUUGUCCUUAAUGAGGUCAUUUAUGAAGAAGAGGGAUAUAGUGAGAUCGGGAGUCACUAGAUUUGCUUUUUCUUUCCUUACUUUGCAGAGUUUGAUGGAGAAAAAGGCCCAAUUGAGGUCAAUGUUUACCAGCUUUGAAUGA